GUGGAAAAAGGACAUCUUCAACCGGUCGAAAUACCACGCACUCGCCGGCUCGGCUCACAAGGGCGAAGGAAACACAGUGACUUAAAAGCCGGGUAUGUCUCCAUCCCAAGAGUAUCCGUUGUGUUGAUCAAGAUUCACUUGUAAGAACCAUCCUUGAUCGAAGGUUCCUACACAUCAAGAAACCCAUCCCGCUACGGACUUUUUUCGUAAUGCACUCUCGACGCUUUCUCCACUUUGCCCUUACGGUCCUUUUCGGAGCCUCGGUCUCUACGGCUUUGACUGUCCCUAAGCCAGGAGUGGUUCCGGCAGGAGCUCCAGUGGCCAUCAAGGCCAGAACUGACUCGACCGAGUCGACCCACCUGCCUACGGCUACCUCUAGUACGACGUCGAGGAACAUCUAUCCCCGUGGAAUUCCUGUUCGGGUCGUGGAUGGAACUACCUACUUUCCUCGCCGACGGAUUACUGCACGAGAUGAUAUUGUUGGCACUGAGGUCAUUCUAGCCACUGCCGACACGGAUCAAGUCGAGAAAUUAGUUGAGACGCGAAACCAGUGGAUCUACGAUUACUUCCACCCCAAGAAACACCAGUCCUCGGCCCGUGAUAAACGCUAUAAAGUCACCGACCUUCACGAAAAGCAGCCAUCCACCCCGAGCAAUACCAGAAGUCCUAAAUGACGUGGAGUCCGAGCAACAGUCCACGACACCGAUGAUGGAGGGUAUAUCGAAGAUAGACGCCUGAUAAGGCGGGAAAUGGACGCCACAAAGGAGAUAGCAUUGGUUGUUAGUUGCAGUUUCGUUGGAAUGAUCGUUUUUGCUACCUUCGUCAUCUUCCGGCGUCAUAUUCGUGAUAUCCUAAUCUUAAAGUGCGGGAGCGAAAAACAAAACAAAAAGGUCCAUGAGCGGGGGCCACCCGGAGUUGCACCAGG